AUGGCGGGGCUGUCCCGCACGCUCGGUAUUUUCGGCGGCUUCGUGGCCGUGGUGGGGGCGGCCUUUUAUCCCAUCUACUUCCGGCCGCUGCUGCUGCCGGAGGAGUACAAGAAAGAACAGUCAAUAAACCGAGCUGGUAUUGUUCAAGAGGAUAUUCAGCCUGCAGGGUUAAAAGUGUGGUCUGAUCCAUUUGGAAGAAAGUAAUGUUGGCGGCUGGGUGUAUUGCAAGGCAAAACUGAAGAUGGACAUCUUCAGCUGUUUCUUCUUUCACUGAAGGGUGUCUUUGGGUGUCGCUGGAGAAGAAUUCUGAAUAUGCUGUGUGGGCCCGUGAGGAGCAACAAAGGCUACUGGUUGGAAUUCCAAGAGAUAAAAACAUGCUAGUUUUGACAGAGGAUGCUGGGGCUUAGUGCACAGACUGUUAGAGAGCUGAAUGAUUCUUGAGUUUAGAAGUGAAAUAUUUAUUUCCUUGAGAAAAAGGAAGAGGAAUUUUUUUUUUUGUUGAUCUGUAAACACUUGUAGAAUAAACUAUGAAUAGAAUAAAUCAUGCAGACUGCUGCAUUUUCCUCCCUAGUUUGAGAAUUACUUUUGGUGGUUUUAUUAUGAAAACAUGAUAGAAGUAUAUACUGAGAGAGAUCAGUGCAGAAAAUAUAACAUGGUGAGUGUAAAUUUGUACAUUAAAAUUUCUUCCUUCUAAA